ACGUUGUUUAAUUUACUGAUCAUUUCCAUUUCACUGAGACAAGAGAGGAAGGUGGAGAAACAAGGUGUAAAAUAACUCAUCACUGGCAAAAGGCCAAUGGAAAUCUGGUUUUCCAACGCUUGUUAAUUUCCUGAAUACGGUGGAACAUGCAUGUUGGCAUCCCCCUUGGAGUGACAGAUGCUUUAUAUACUUGAGAAGAGGCGUUGGAGUAUGAAGGUGUCUUGAGAAGCAAUGGCCACAGUAGCUCCUCUGAACAUAGCACCAUCUGAAUGCAACACCACAGUGGGCACUGCAGAAGGUUUCAUUUGGCGGUCAGAUACCAUCAAUAUGCACGUCACCCGGCCGAAAUCUGCCAAAGGACGCACAAGAUCAAGCUUGAAUUACUCCCAUAGUGUGGAGGCCUAUUCUUAUAGAGUGCCAGCCUCUCCUCAGCCAGCAGCUCCUUAUGAAGCAGCAAGCAAUCAACGAGCAUCAUCUACCAAACCAUCUUACCAGCCAGGGCAGGUGUCUCCUGAGGAAAUCCCAGAGCUCCUCCAACAAGUGCCCUUGAGGACCUCAUCUUCCCUAAAUAAAGGCUUGGGGAAGGGUGCUGUGGAAACAAUGAUUGAACAGACCAACAAACUGAAAAUGAGUAGUAGACAGGAGGAGGAGCAACCAUCCAAAACCCUUCCCAGAGAAGGAAAAUCCACUAAUAUAAUGACAGAGAAUGAAGGGGCUAGAGGGGAACAUUCAAAAGUCCAGCCUCUCGUUUAUGAAAAGAAGCCAUUAAGGAAAACAAGAGAAGAAAGCUUGUCAGCAGUUUUAAACUUGGAGGAGCCUCUGAAGAAAGAGCCAAGAUUGCUGCUUGCUAUUAGGUCUCCUUCUGGUCAAAGAUUUGAACAUCAUUUCAGUCCUACAGAUAGCCUUCAAAUGGUUCUUGCUGUGGCAGAGCAAAAAACCACAACCCAAUACAAACACUGUAGUGUUGAAACCAUGGAAGUGCCUAGGAGGCACUUUCCUGAUCUUACGAAGUCGCUGCAGGAGUGUGGAAUUCCACACAAGUCAGUGUUGUGUAUCCUACAGGAAGAGCAAGAUGGAGAUCUCUAAAUGUACAAUUGUUCUUGCACAACUUCUAUCACACCUUAAGCAUGUAACUCCAUUGGAUGCCAUGAACUUCCCAUUGAUGAGUGGUCUAAGAACUGGACCAGCCUGAUCUGUUUCAGUGGUCUACUUCUUAGUCCUGCUGUCUUCCAAGAGCUUCCCUUGAAGUAGACUUGUAUAUAAAUGGAGUGUGCUGAAA